CGUGAUAGACAUGGUGUUGGCACCUGGGUGGGUGAGCCGAGGCGUCACAACCUUGAUAUUCAACACCACCAGAGCCAUCAGAGUCCAUUCGCAGGUGCUCGCACGCCGGGAAGCAAUGCUGUGCCUCAAUCCGAGGAAACUGUCCCACCAUCACCAAUGAUGGACAAGCAAGACAAAGACUCUCUUAUCAACAUAUACUUCGAAAGGAUAAACCCGUUGCUCUCGAUUGUGGAUGAAGCUGACAGAAACGAGGCGACCAGGAAAUCUAAGUCCGUGAUGUAUGCGAUGUGUUUAGUAGCUUCUAGGGAUGCUGCUGCCCAACCUUACUUGCGCUUUACAGAGAGCCCAGAGCUGCUAUCAGCGAGGUCUUUCGCUUCCAGAACGUACAAAUGGCUACGUUGGGCCUUGUCGAUCGGAUGGGAGGAAGACAAAGUCAGUCUGAUACGAACGCUAGCACUCAUGUCGUUAUACUCCGAGGGCUCGGACGGCGCAGAGGAUGCAUCCAUGAAUCUGGCACAAGCGAUACAACAUGGACAAACGAUCGGACUUCACUUGGGUCGCUCUAGCGGGUAUGGAGGUAGCCAAACACGAUUGUUUUGGUCCCUGUGGUGUCUCUCCAAUUUCAAUGCAGCAUUGAAUGGGCGACCGCGCUUGAUUUUCGAUCUGGAUAUUGGUCUCAAGCUUGAAGAAGCGUAUGAUCUGUGCGGACCGGCCAUGAAGGUGUUGCUCACUAUCACUCAACUACUCUCCAGAGUCAUAAAUCUCUACCAACCCACAGCCGCACUGGAUGUCUUGGGUAUCGAAGAGGACUUUGAGAGCUUUGAAGCCAUAUUGAGCCGAUGCAAUGCUUGGAACAUUGAUACAAACAUUAUGACGUCCCUGGAGAUAUACUACCACGGCAUAGCGAUCAUAUCCCACCGCGCGCGCAGCACUUCCCAACCGUCGACUCCAACGCCCUCGAGCCUGCGGCAAGAACUCUCGGCCCUGCAUAUCACAACGAUACUCCAUCAUGUCUCGCCUCAGAGCUUUGUGCCACUUCCCUUGGUAUCUUACAGUAUCUCACUGGCCAUGUCGUCAUUCUACAGCCAACUUCGUCGUGCCCGCAGCCCGAUAAAGCGUGCAGCGUCUCGCGAGCACCUGGAAAACUGCGUACAAGCUCUCGAACAAUUGGCCGAGUGGUCACAGCCAGCAAAAAACAUGGCGAGAAUGGGGCGCAAAGCUCUAAGACAGACCGCACAAGUAGCUGCUAUCUCCACAUCUCCAGAGCUUCGUCGUGCACCUCGAAACGGGUCUGGCGUGGGUGACAACAUCGCUCAAUGGCGUCCCGUGUAUACGCCAAACUACGAGAGCAAUCAACUCGCUGGAGCACAACGCAACAGUAUUCCCACCCCGCAAACACAACCUGACGGUGGUCUGAGUGGUUUUGACAUUGCAUACGACGAUUUAAUGGACAUGGACGCCGUCUUUGGCGAUUUCCUAAACAUGAAUCUGCCUGACUUUGGACUUCCAUUGCAAUAG